AUAACUGCGCAUGCUCAGUAAAGCCUUUGGAAGCAAACGCUUGUGUCAAUUCGCCUACCGUGACAUAGCUCACGUAUGGUUAUAUAUCGUUGCAAUAAUGUAGAUCUAAAACGAAACGAAAAAACCCUCUGACUCCCUAAUGAAACGCGUGUCUGCAAUCCGACAUUUUAUUUUGGCUGUGGUAAUACAGCCGCCUGCAGAUUUGGUGUGCGGGAGUACUGGGGUCGAGUUUGUUUUUCCAUUCCGGCUAGCUGCCAUUCCAGCUAGCUAUAGCUGCUUGUUCCUGCGAAGGUGAAUUUUUGAGCCAGUACUUUUAAGUUCUAGCUUCUAAGUUCACCAGCGCACUUGCAUAUUGUCAGCCUGUUAAAUGGGCAAUAGGUUGAAGACCCAAAGGAGUAGCUAACUUUUUGCUGGGAUAAAAGAAGCAACAAAUAUGUGGCAAAGCGUUGGACUCACGGUGUUGGUCAUCGUGGCUACCCUCGUAUGCGUUUUUCUCUUCAUGUUGUUCGGCUGGUAUGUGGUCUGGCAGCUCUUCCUCUCCAAGUUUAAAUUCCUGAGGGAGCUGGUGGGUGACAGCGGGCCCCAGCGCGGCGACACGGAGCCGUCCCAGCCCGAGACCGACCGUAGCUCCGCCCCCAGCCCCCGCCAGCGUCCCAAGACCCCCCGGCAGAGGCUGGUCUCGCCCGAAGCGGCCUCGUAGACCCCCCCCUCCCCCCGCCUGUCUCUCCGCGCCCUAGCCCAGCUGCUAACAUUGAUGGGAAAGGCCAUCAAAACCUGAUUCUCAUACCCGCCCCUCCCCCCCCGUCCGCAUCCCUCCCACUUGCAAGUACACACACCUUAGGCGCACUUGCCCGUGAAGCAGUACUCCUGGUACCCAUUCCUCCCCUCAGCCUACAUGGUUGACCCCGCAGUACGUGCCACUCUCAUUGGCUGCUGAGCUCUAGCCUCCUGCGAGACCAUUGGUUGGUCUUAUUACACAAAGAUAUGUGAGAGUAUGUGUGUGUGUGUGUGUGCGUGUAACUUAGCUUGAGUAGAUAAAAACACUUGCAACUGCGAGCUGACACACUUUUAAAAGUAUGUCAAAAGGAAACGGUGUGAAAGAAAGUUUAAACUGACAGCUGAAGCCUUCAGUCACUCUAAUUAGACACUUUUUAAAAUUUAGUUGUGUCACUGUGCGAUGCUCUUGGUUCCUCGUAUUGGGAAGAAACGCGUGCUCGUUCCACUCAAACCCCCCCUCUGCCGGUUAACGGGAAGCGUGGGACGGAACGGUUUGAACGUGCGACGACCCAAACCGCCAUCCGGAGGACCUCCCGCGACGACGACGACGCCGCUUCUUCGCCGCGACCUCCUGACCCUCCGGAGGCCGGGGCGCGCUGCGUGCGAAACGUGGGCCCGUGCGCACCCGCCGCGCGGUUCGUCGGCUCCCGGUUUCCCCUCUCGCCCCGUCCCGCCCAGCGAAGUUGAAGACGGCGACUCCUUUCGGGUCUCCGCGCCCUGCCGGUCCUAGCCAGCGUUACGAACGGUCGUCUUUACACGUGGACGUUUUUAUUUUCAUUUGAAUUAUUUUCUUUUUGUUUUUUUUAUGCCAGAGCUGUAAUCAACCAUCAUAAUAAAUAUUUCUUAAAAAAUAUAUAAGCAAACGCA